CUCCUCCCCGGGUCCAGGUUGUGGUAGUUCCUCCUCUCCGGUCUCCGGUGCGCCGUCACAUUGAAUGCGUGUGGAUAGACGGAUCAUCCGCUUUGACAACUCUUCCCGACAAAACACACUUUUAAAAACACAACACGCCGAGUUUCCGCCGUGCACUGCGACUGCUGUCCCUCCGAAGCACUCACCGGAGCAGACGCGCACAUCAGUCCGAGACAGUGCGUUCAGGCUUCGGCCUCAGGUGCAUCUCUGAGGCGGGGCGGCGCGGAGGUCCAGGUGUUGUGGUGGGAUGGACUGUAACUGCGUCAGUGAUCUGCUGCUCCCCCCGGUGCCGGCACUCUGGACACCAGGGUUCGCCUUCCCGGACUGGGCCUAUAAACCCGAGUCCAGCCCCGGAUCCAGACAGAUCCAGCUGUGGCACUUCAUCCUAGAGCUGCUGCAGAAGGAGGAGUACCAGGGGGUGAUCGCCUGGCAGGGGGACUACGGAGAGUUCGUCAUCAAGGAUCCGGACGAGGUGGCUCGGCUGUGGGGGAUUAGGAAAUGCAAACCACACAUGAACUACGACAAACUGAGCCGAGCGUUGAGGUAUUACUACAACAAACGCAUUUUGCACAAAACCAAGGGGAAACGUUUCACCUACAAGUUCAACUUCAGCAAGGUCGUGCUGGUCAACUACCCGAUCCUGGACAUGGCCAACUCCCCUUUCUUCCUGGCCCAGAACCACUUUAACGGUGGAACCACGACACCGGACUGCAACCCAGAGGCCAUACAGUCGCUGUUUCCACGUCUGCCGGACUCUGGAAGAGGAGCUUCACUGUUUGAUCGUGGAUCUGCAGCUGCAGGACCGGAGGGGGACAAACUGAGACUGGACGCAUUUCCUUUCCUCGGUUCAGGUGCUCCCUGCUACUCCAAACCGCCGUCUCUGCUGGGUCCCUAUCCUCGCACCCCACCCUUCGACUACCCAUGGGGCUUUAACCCCUACCUCCCCGGGGCCUUCUCUCUCAACAACUGCCCCAAACUGCCCGCCGGCUCCCUCUACCCCUCCCAGUUCUAUCCAGGUCCCUUGCAGAGUGGCCUCUCACAGCUUCCUCACCCGUUCUCUUCCCUGCUCCCCCCAGGGGAGGCAGGUGAGAGGGGGGCAGCGGGUCAAACCGGAGGGACAAACGGCACAGUGGGUGGUCAGCCACCUCGACUCAACUUGCCACCUUACCCAUCUGGCCUGUCCAUCGGUCGGACUGACAUCGGAGUGUCACUUGGGGAGAGAGUGGAUGCCAGUCCUCCUGCCACGGGCCUCAGUUUGGGCUUAGGAGACAUGGGCUUAAGGGCUGCACCCGUCACUGGAAGUCCCACAGAGAGGAGAGGAGGCGUCAAGCAAGACCCGGAGUCGGACUCAGACCUGGAGAUCACAGAUCUAAGUGACUGCAGUUCAGACAAUGAGCCGGAUUUCGGCAUCAGGAAGGAUCCCGGCCUGACGGGCCGACCGCAGAUCAUGUUAGAUGGGAAGAAGGGAGGUGCUCUGCCCCCCAUCUCCUCCCUCCCACCCCCAGUGUCCCCACAUCCUCUGAAGAGUCUGAUCCCCAUGAGUCCCCCACCUCCGUCCCUGCCGCCCUCACUCUCCCCGUCCAUGACUCUUCAUGAACGACACAGAGAGACAGAGACUCUGAAGAUGAUCCACAGCUAAUACUUUUUCAUCCUGACGCUGCACUCUUUUGCUGCGCUCUUUUUCUCUCUUUUUAAUCCAUUUCUUCUUCCAUAAAACAUCUAUCAACACGCCUCCACCCAAGUUCGGAUCUUGCACUUCAAACCCUUAAGUUGUGUCGAUUCAGUAAAGACUAUUAUUAAUGAUAAUAAUAAUAAUAACAGUAAUAAUAACAACGAUAAUAAUCAUAUUAGUAAUAGUAAGAUCUAAAAGAUAUGAGUUGGGGUUUUAUAUCUGUAAUGAAGAUUUAUGUGCGACAGCGAGUGUUCAAACAUGUUCCAAUUGCGACCUCUUGUGGAACAAUAGCCAAACAGAUCCUACCGUUGGAAGUCAGUGGCCAAAGCGCUCAUGCUUUCGAUGCCAGCUGUUCGCUGAGGCAAACCACACAAAGAUAAACAAUAUCAACUGAGCAGCAGGAUAUAAGUGAGCAUUGUUCGAAAAGUGGAAUUUAAAUUGAAGCAAGAGGUGUUUAUUGCGGACAUGUAUUCCUUUGUUUGUGGCGCACAACCCAAAUUUUAAGAAUGGGUGAUGAAAUAUUUGAUAUUUUAAUUUAUAAUUGAUAAUAGUUUAUAAAUCCAAAUGACUUUGAGAAAAUGAUCUGACUGAAGCACAGGGAGGACCUACAAACUCCAGCCACAAAAUGAGAUUUUUACUUGCACCUUUCUCCACAGCACUUACCCCAAUACUUCAACCCACAGUUCAUAUAGAAGGGAAGAAAUUGUAGCUACUACAAUUCCUCAUUGCACUUUUUGUGGUUAAAAGGAAAGAAAAAGAGAGCACAGAGAGCAAUUUUCAAUUCGUAUGAAUAGUCUGCUGUAUAUAUAUUUUAUUAUGGUGUACAUUUACAUUGUAUGAUUAUUCGCUAUGAUAAGAUUUAACUGUGUUGUUGUGGUUUGAUUCCGUAUUUAAAGCAAGCUGCUGAAGAUGAUCAGCGUUGGUGUAUCAAAGUUUAAAUAAUUAAGAGCAUCUGAAGAUGUUUUUCUAACGAUGAGGACAGAGUUCACACUGGGAAUUGUCUGGGAGUUUAUCAGAACCAGUUAAUUGUGCCCUUUGGUCAUUUCUGCCAGAUGUCCAACAUCCCGACCCUUUGGGUUCAAAAACCGCCGCUAGACUUAUUUUCAUAGUUAGCAUUCGCCCGCUGUAACCGUCCUGUAAUUAGUCAAAUGUGAAAUAUAUUGGCUUUUUUUUAAACCCUUCUCUCCAAUUCUGUUUUGAUUUUUUUGCAAUCAAUGUUUUUUGUCUGUGCCAGCAAAUAGUUUUGCUCCAGGAUAUGGAGGGGUGGUGAAAUAUUCUGUUGCUCUGGUCAGACUUAAUACCCUCACAUCCUUCCUCAGCACACUGACCCGCCUCGUCGCCUUUCGCUGGUUUGUUCAGUGGCGAUCUGCAGAUUAUUCGUGAAAGCUCUGUUGUAAAGUCGAUGUGAAGCUCCGUGUGUGUGGAGUCCUCUCAGCUGUAAAUACUCUUUACUUUGUUUAUGUGUGUACACAUCCCAAAAUGGCAACGCAGUGCUUCAACCUGUUUCUCUUUGUUUUAC